CUUUGUUAGGUUCAGUGAAGCUCGAUCAGGAGAAGAUAUCUAGGAUAUGUUGAACUCACUUCGCAGUAUACCCCUCUGAUACUUCAUGAACGGCUUCCCAUACCUCGGCAAGGAUGACACAAGACCAGCCCAUCAACGCCUGGGGGAUAGUGUGGUCAUGAAGCUGGUGGAGCCAUAUGUAGGAAAGGGAAGAAAUGUAACAACAGACAAUUUUUUCACAUCCCUUAACCUGGCCAAAAAACUGCUGCAGAAGAACACCAGCUUGGUCGGUACCAUGAACAAAGCCAAUAGAGAGCUGCCGCCUUCAGUCCGGGUGCAGAGUGCAGAGAGGUUUGCUACAACGAUCCUCAAACAUGAGCGGGCAACCCUAACGGUUUACCAAGGGAAACCAAGGAAGAGUGUGGCACUCCUGAGCACCAUGCACCCAACUGUGUCCAUUGGGAGUGACAGAAAAAGAAAGCCUGAGACUGUCACCUACUAUAAUGUCACGAAGGUCGGGGUUCAUGUGCUGGACCAGAUGGCUCGGCAGUGGAAACGGAGGUGGCCUGUAAAAGGUGGAACACGGAGGUGGCCUGUCGCCAUGUUUUAUAACAUUCUGGAUAUGGCUGCGAUAAACGCCCAUGUCCUAUUCAAGGCCUACACCUCGAACACACUUCCGAGAAGAGCCUUCAUCCUUGAGCUUGCAAAGCAACUUUGAGAAGAAUACCUGCAAGUCAAGGCCAGUCUGACGUCUGUACCCACGGAGCCACAGCAUCCGCAAGACCUGAAAAGGAGGCAGUGCCAGACUCACACGCACUGCAAAAAAAAUAGGACUGUUGUGUCCUGCAAGGGGUGCAAGCGCCCUGUGUGUGGGAAAUGCACCGCACAGGUUGACCACUUUUGCCCCAAGUGUGUGCCUUAGGUGCAGCGGCGCUGUCAAAGGUGCUGAUCGUGCCUUUGUUCACCUGUUUGUUUGUUUCACUGCAGCAUCUGUUGUUGAGUUCUAUUGUAUAUAGUUUGUUAUGCCCACAGGUAGCCUUGUUUUUGUUGUUUUUGGUGUUGUUUUUGUUCAAACAUUUAUGUUAAUUCAGUUAUUUGUGCACGUGUGUGUGUGUGUGUGUGUGUGCGUGUGUGUGUCAGGGUGGUGGGGUGCGUGUAUGUGUUGUUCAAAUUUCCUCAAUGACGGGGAAACAAAUCUAUUGAGGAGGAGCUUCAAUAAAAAAAGUUUCCUCAUUA